AUGGACGAGAUCGGAAUUCUCGACGCGCGCAACAAUCUCAGCGCGCUUGUCGAGCGCGUCGAGAAGGGUGACGAGGUGAUCAUUACCCGUCACGGAAAGCCGGUGGUCAAGAUGGUUGCGGUCGAGCCCGCAGACGAAGAAGAGCGCCGCAGACGGGCGCGAGAGGCGAUCAAGGCGAUCCGCGAAAUGCGCAAGGAGGUAUUGAGCGUCGUCGUGGAUUGUUCGGUCACGCUGUCCUGGUAUCUGGACGACGAGACGGAACCGCUUUCGAUCCUCAUCGAGGACCAUGUGGCUGAACAUGGCGCGGUCAUUCCCUUCCAUUGGCACGCCGAAAUGGCCAAUGGCCUGCUUAUGGCGGUGCGGCGUGGACGCAUUGCCUACGGGUUCAUUCGGCGUGCGUUUGCCCAGUUCGAAGAGUUGACGAUCGUCAUCGACCAUGAAAGUCGGGAAGCUGCAAAGGAAGCAGCGAUUUCGCUGGGCCAGGAGCAUCGAUUGUCGGUCUAUGACGCGCUCUAUCUGGAAACCGCGAUGCGUCGCGGACUGCCCUUGGCGACCUUCGACGAGGCGCUUCAAAAAGCAGCCGGGUCCGCCGGCGUUCCGGUUUUCCAAUCGGCAAACCCGUGA